AUGGCUAGAUCUGGAAGCUCAGAGGAAAGAACCCCAAUUUUCUCUGGUGAAAAUUAUGAGUUUUGGAAGAUUAAGAUGGUGACCAUAUUCAAAUCAUAUGGGCUUUGGAAUUUGGUAGAGAAGGGAAUUCCAGUUUCAGAUUCGAAGAAGAAGAAGAAGGCAACUGAGGAGACCUCAGAGGAAGAAGAUGAUGAGAAAGCAGCUGCAAUCCUCAUGAAGGAUGCGAAAGCCUUGGGAAUCAUACAAAAUGCAGUUUCUGACCAAAUCUUCCCUCGGAUUGCCAACGCCGAUUCAGCCAAGGUGGCGUGGAGUCUGCUCUACAGUGAGUAUCACAGUGGUGAUCAGGUCAGGUCAGUAAAACUUCAGAAUCUCAUAAGAGAAUUUGAAUAUAUGAGGAUGCAUGAGGGUGAAUCAUUAACUGCAUAUCUCACCCGGUUGAAUGAUUUGAUAAACCAAAUAAAAACAUUUGGAGAAGUGCUGUCUAAUGAGAGGCUGGUUCAGAAGGUGUUAAUCAGCCUUAAUAAAAUGUAUGAUCCUAUCUGUUUAGUGAUUGAAAAUACAAAAAGUUUGGAGACUAUUGAGUUGCAGGAGAUCAUUGCUAUAUUGAAGAGUCAAGAACAGCGGUUUGAAAUGCAUAAUGUUGAUUCACAUGAAAAAGCAUUUGCCUAA